AUGAGCUCAAAUGAGGGAUUGAAGGAUUUAUCCGUUAUAGACUCGAUUCUGUUGAAUCUUGCCUCGAUCCAAAACCUGUGUGAGUUCGAAUAUGAUAAACUUGGAACGUUUAUGAAUUUGAUGGAUCAAUAUCACUCUGCAAAGUUGGACACGCCAGAGUUGAAAAAGGAUCAUGAUAUAUUUAAUAAGGAGUUUGCGAAAACCAGAAAGUUCUACCAGGAUAGGAGGAAUUAUUUGAAGAAAAGAAGUAAUGAUUUGGAACGGGAUAUCAAGAAGAGGAAACUUGCCAAAGAGAAGUUAGUGGCUCUUUUUGAAUCGCUUAAAAGCAUCGACUCUUUGAAUUCAGGAUCAGGGGAUGAAGAUUCCAGGAAAGAAGUUUCUGAAGAUAACGGUUUGCCUGUAAUGAACAUUCGUGAACAACUAGAUGAGGAAGGAAAUGUUAUUAAGAGUGAGGUCAAACCAUACAGUCAAUCGAAAAACAGUCUGUUCAGCAAGGCUUUUUCUUCAAUUCAUAAGAGUGAGGAGAGCGGCUUAGGUGAUGCUACUAAGGAGAAGGGCAAAAAAGAGGGAACUGGAAAGGGGCAGGUGAAAAAGGAUGGAUUGCAUAAAAAAGUCGAAUCAAGGAGUAAAGAGGUCAAGGAGGCAAUAAAUAAGCCGAAGAAUGAAAGGCGGGAAAAGGAAAAGGAAAAGAAGGAAAAGAAGGAAAAGGUGUUGCAUAAAUUGCCAAAAGAAGCUAUGCACUCUGCCAAGACAAUGAUGAACAAUGCCAAAUCGCCCAAACAAGUUAUCUCGGACGAAAACUCAGAUGUUGCUGGAGAAAGGAAUAAUGUUGAUGAUUCGAUUCAUCCAUAUACAAUAAGGGAGGAGGUUGAUGAAGAUGGAAACAUUGUUAGGAGCUCAGUUAGGAAGUUGCCGAGUAUGCAGAGUAAGAAAGAGAAAAAGAAGACUAACAAGAAUGAUAAAGAUGAAGAACUUUCAGAUGAUCAGAUAUCCGAACUUCUUGCAGAUAUGGAUUCAAAAAGGCCUAGACCGAAAAUAGAGGAGUUGGAUGAUGAAAAUGAGAAAGAGAGUAAAGAAAAUGAGAAAAAGAGUAGGGAAAAUGAGAAAAAGAGUAAGGAAAUGGAAAAGGAGAGUAAGGAAAAGAAAAAAGAGAAGAAGAGAAGCAAAUCGAAUCAAAAGCAAGAUUUAAAAACAGAGAAGAAUAAAAUCAAGAAAGAAAAUCAAAAAGGGACGAACCUCAAAGUAAAUUCAUCUAUGUAUAAUCCAGAAAUAGAUCCAGAUGAUUUGCUAACUUUGGAAGUUAUUGCGGAUGAAGUUGAUGACCAGAAAAAGAAAAAGAAGCAUGGCUCUACUAAGGCAAAGUCCAAGAAAGAUAGAAAAGAAAAGUUACAAGUGAAAGAAGAAGAGGGAGAACAAGAACAAGAAACGGAUGAUGAUGAUGAUGAUGAUGAUGAUGAUGAUGAUGAUGAUAAUGAUGGAUUUGAAGUCGAUGAUAGUAAUGGAAUUGCUAGUAUGGUUCCACCAGAAUCAAGAGAUUACCUAUUUAGAAAGAUUCGUGAGUUGAGGAUUUCUCGUCAAAAGGAUGUUGAAAAUACUAAUGAAGAUGGAAAGCAGAAUAUUGAGGCUGAUAUAAAGGUUAGAGAUGAUAAAAUGACUAAUAAUAUGGAUGAUACCAAGGCAGAAGUGAAAGAAAAGGUGGUAAAGACCUCUACGGAAGGUAAAAGUGCUUUUAAAUCGAAAAUAGGUGGUGAUAAGAAGGAAGCAAGAUCGGUGCAUUUUUCACAGGAUGUAGACGUGAAAGAAGUUGAAGAUAUAUGGGAUGAUCUCCGGGAGGCCGAACAGCAAGGAGGGCAUCCUAAAGUUUCUAGAUUCAAAGUGUUCAUGAAGGGUGAAAAAGCUUUAGAUGAGAAAGAAAAGAAGAAGAGUACAAAUAGACCUCAAAAGAAAGUUGUGAAUGGACUUUUAGUCGGAGAUGUCAAGGAGCACAAUACAACUAAGUCUUGGGAGAAAUCGAGUGCCAAAAUAGAGAAAGAACAGAAUGGGAAGAGUCUAUUUGAUGAGUCGGAAGCAGAGUUGACUUCCGAAGAAAUCUUGGUGAAGGAUAGAUUGAAGCCUGAACCUCAAAUGAUGAAACUUGGUGGAAAGAAGCAACCAACGAAAAACCAACUUGAUCGCGUGGCCAAGUUGGGUUUACAGAUGCAUAAUAAUCAUGCUAAAGGUAUAAAAAUGCCAGAAAUUCCAGUAGUCAAAGUUUCAGCAACUAAGAAGGCACCGGGUAAAUACGAGGGGUUAAAAAGUUUGAAGAAGAAGGAUUUUCGAUCGCUUAAACCAAUAAGAAAGGUGAAAGUGGUAAGCAGUCCGCCGAAAGGAAGGUCGACCCCAAUUAGCAUUCCAAGAGAUCCAAAUCCAGUAAAUCCAAAUGCCGGAUACGGAGAGGAGGACUUCGAUUUUGUGAGGGAGCAAAUUGACAAUGAGGAGAAUGGCGAGCAAGACACAGAUAAAAAGAUUGAUGAGGCGAGUCAAAAAGAGACAGAAAUGCUGAGGCAUGGGAUCGAAAAGGUGGCAGAAGCCGGCAAGAAGGUGAAGCUUACGAAAAAGCAGGCGGAGAAGUUGAUCAGCAAUCUCAAAGGUGCAAAGUUGGACUACCGGAGAGUUGGAAACGACCUGGAUACGAUGGCUCGAGCUUACAUUUUAGGAAUGUACGAUGAUGACAUUGAGGCUAAUAAUGAUGUGAUUGAGGAGCUGAAAGACUUCAAGCAGCAUAACAAGAUCGUUGAGGAGAUGGAUGAGAAAAGCCAGAAGGAAGAAAAAGAUGACAGUGCUGAAGAGAGGUCGGAAGAAGAGAAAAAAGAGGAAGAUGCUCCGUUGCUCAAAGAUACUGUUGUGGAACACGAUCCUUCGGAGAUGGCCGAUCAUGCGGAAGACAAUUUGGAUGUUGAAUUUAACUCCGAUAAUCUGAAUAGACAGGUUUCGCUUGACUAUGCGAGAAUGCGAGAAAGAAUGAUGCAUAAGUACAAUGGAGGGUUUGGCAAGACUAAGAAGGAGAGAGAGUUUGAGCCAUUGGAUGAAGAACCACGUGUGAGUCGGUUCAAGGCUGCAAGAUUAGGAAUGUGA